AUCAUGGCCACAGCAUCAAUUUGAAAGCCUAGUAUCAAAGUUUUCGCAGAUGGCCACAGUUUGGUUGGAAUUUUAUAUUAUUCGGGUGCAAGUGAUUCAAGGGAUUUUUCGCUUGACCAAACUGGGAUCAUGGAUAAAUUCUACCAAAUCCUAGUGAUUUUCUAUUUGAUCUGCUUUUGCUGCGAGCCAAAUGACGGAGCAUGGAGUGCACAAUGCUGGAAAAAACACAACAGCGGAUCGAUACAGCUGCCUGAUGGGGAGUUUAGGCGACCUUUUGGAAUUUUAUGCAGCUUUCAGUGUUAUCUGUGGUUUCCCCCAAUGUACAAUACAUGUGAAUUUAUAUUCGAUUUAAGGCUGUCAAGACACUUUACAAACCUGGAUGAUUGCGAUGUUGUGCGAUGCAAUGAAACUUUUCGAAUGCCAUGGGAUACGUGGUCACCAUAUGAUCCAUAGAAUUAAUAUAAGUUCCUUUUUACUCUGCUUAAAUAUUGCACUUUUUGUUUUAAAUAAGAUAAACAAUGUUUAAGUUUGA